GAGUGGUCACAUGCUGACCCACCAAAAAACAAAGCCCUUCAUUUGCAUAGAAGAAGGUUGCAACAAGAGCUAUUCGGACCACCGGUCGCUGCGCCGGCAUUACGAAAUGCACCACGGCCUGCGGCUGUUGAAGGACGAGGAAGCCUGCGAGAGCACGCCGCCUCCGCACGAUUCCCACACCCAGGCGGGACAGGGCGGUUUGAGAGCGGCAGAAAGCUUGGCCGUCCACCCGGAAUCGCCAGCGGGGCCCAAUCAUUCCCUCUUGCCCAACCGAGACCUGCUGAGGUGUAUCGUUAGCAGCUUGGUCGGCCCGAAGCUGCCGUCCGCUCCGUCCUCAUCGGCAGGGCCGAGCGAAACCGACUCCAGGGGAGCCUUCCAGCCUUCCAGCUCUACAGUCUACGGUCAGAUUUCCUGUGCGCCCACCUGCAGCGCUACUGCGGUCAGGGAAACCCCCGGCGAGCAAGCCAUGAAGGACAUGUACCCUUGCCGAAAGACCUUGCCGUCUUCCAGCAUGUACACGAUCAUCAACACGGGGAAUUUAUCCAUCCUCGGGCCGUCGGAGAGCCACGCAAAUUUGCCAGACCGCCCUUCCCUUGCGGAACGCGACUUCCCUAUAGAAGCCGGUGCUUUGGAGUAUUGGUCCAACAGCGGUAUGCCUCGUUUCCCCUUAUUCAGGGGGCAGAAGUUUCCCACCCCUACCCAACAGCCAAGCAGCAGCGUCCAGUGGGCCAGAAACACGCCCCCCGUUGGUGCCAAAGCCAAAGGACAUGGCCUUUACGUCGCUCAACUGUCUUCUGCCGGUCACGAAGCUUCCCAAGGGAUAAUGGGUCCGUCUCAUGCGUUUGACCCCGUGAGACCCACCUUUGAGUGUCCAGAUGUUUUGCCCUUCCCUCCGGCUUCUUUAAAGGCCCACGGGGAAGUUCCCGGAGAAGCCCGACUCCGAUGCUUCGAAGAGACGUUCAGCCCAGCGGCCAGACUGUCGGAUGCCCCGAAACAUAGCCUACUCCAGAAGGGCGAGGCCACGCCUCUCUUCCGGCAGCUCUUCAUGAAAUCCAAGGAGUCCUCUCUGAGCCAGGAUCAGCUCCAGGUCCAGAGCCACCUCUUCCAGAGGAUCACCAAAUCUCAGCACAUCGUGUCCCACACCAAGGUGUUGGCUCCGUCGAAGGAGGCCGAAGAGGCAGGAGCCAAAGCGGUCCCCCGUGGGUUUCAGCCGCCGGCGGAUUUGGCUCGCCCGGCCGUACCGCCGAUGGAAAACGAGGGGCCUCCUCCGACUCCGUUUCAAGCAGACUUUUCGCCUGAUCUCAAGAAAGACGGGCACCAGCCACCUCUGCCCUCUUUUCAUUCGCCGGCCCUGCCCUCGGUAACCGCCAGCGGCGCGUCCCACGCCAAGCACUCGCGGCCUUCCAAAAGGUGCCUGGAGUGUAAAGAAUUUCCCAGCCCCAAUCAGUAUGAACACACCCCAGGGAACCACACUUACGGGAAGCCCAGGGAAUUGGAAAGCGACUCUCCUCUAGCCGGGAAGAAAGAGAAGGCCAAGGCUUGCGCUAAAGACUCCGGCAGCAAAGGACAUUCUCGCAGCGGUAGACCUCGCCGGAAGGAGAAGCCCAAGUUUGACAUCGCCUCCAUGGCCUCUCCUAGCCAAGUAGCCAUGGCUUCCUUUUCCUUGCCCAGCACCUCGUUCGAGAGCGUGUCCAGAGCGAAGCCCAAGUUGACGAUUUUCAACAGAAUUCAGAGUGACGAGUACUGCUUUUAG